UUAAGUCAUGUAAAUAACUCAAAGGGGUGAAUUGAUGUGUUGUUUAUUCCUUACACAUGUAUUCUUUAAUCCUUUAAGACAGUUUUGGAUAUAUAAUAUAAAGUCACUAGCAAUACUGGAUUUCUAUAAUGAGACAAGUAAAAAAAAAAUGCACCUCACUUUUCAUGACCCCUGAAUGAACAGAGAGAUCAUGAAAUAACAAUAUAAUAAAAUGGGUUCUCUUUUCUCAGAUCAUGGCGAGUUUUAUGGACAACAGCAUCGAUAUUGAUACCCAGGAUGAAGAAGUUUAUCAGAACAUUCUGAAACGAUAUGAACCAGCUUGUUUGGUUCCAAAGAAACCAGCAACAUUGGGGAAAUGUCUAAAGGUGGAGCCAACAGCCCUGGGUAUCAUAGCGAGUUCCAUGGACAGCAGCAUCGUUAUUGCCACCCAGGAUGAAGAAGAUUCUGAGAACAUACUGAAACGAUAUGAACCAGCUUGUUUGAUUCCAAAGAAACCAGCACCAUUGGGGACAUUUCUAAAUAGGGAGUCAGCAGCCUUGGGUGCUGCUCAGAUCAUGAUUGGGUUGGUAACCAUUGGACUUGGCAUCGUUCUGGCGAUGUGUCCUCCUUCACUUGUUAUCAUUAUCAAAUUACCCUUUUUGACUGGUUUCUUGUUUUUGGUGUGUGGAUCUCUAUCUGCUGCAGUAGAAAAGUAUCCAAAAAUAUUAUGGGUCUGUUUAAAAAUGAGCUUAGGAAGUUCUCUUUCUGCUGGGAUCGGAAUAGUUUUGUAUUGUGUGGAUAUGUUCUUUUGGAAUUCAUACAGCAAUGAGGAUCAGCUAAGUUUCAUGACUGCUGUGAUAAAAGGCCUUCUUAUCAAUCUGACUGUGCUGGAGAUAUACACCACUCUACCCUUAAUUAUCAAGGGGGACAAGUGACAGCAACAAUAGAGAAUGAUCACUGCUUCACAGGCUCUUCAACUGGAUUUGUUUGGAGAUAUGCAUUGCAUUGUCUUAAUCUUGGACAGGAAAACCAAAUAAUGAUAAAAUACAAUCUGUGAUACGAUUUAAUGUUUAAUGUAUCAAGAUUGCAGAUGCUCUCGUUUUUGAAGAAAUGUUUGUAUAUACAGU